UGAAUAUAAGUUUGAAAAAUGAUUUGCAAAUCAUUGUAUUUACACAACGUGACAACUUCACUGGUUUUGGGUCGCCUGACUUCCGGACUAAAAGGAAGGAGCAUGUUGCCAAGCCGCCGACGUGGAUUUGAUGUCGAGGAGGACGUCCACGGCGCCACCUAUGAGGGAGACUUUGUCAGUGGCCUCAAACACGGCAAGGGAAGAUACACCUGGAGGAGUGGAGAGUUCUAUGAGGGCUCGUUCUACAAAGACUACAGACAUGGUGAUGGAGUCUACAGUUGGCCAUCAGGUCACACAUUCACUGGCAAAUUUUACCUCAACUGGAGGGAAGGAUAUGGACAACAGUUGUUUCCAGAUGGAGCCACAUUCAAGGGUUUGUACCAUGCUGACCAGAGGUUCGGUCCAGGUGUGCUCAGUGAGCCAUCAGGACGUCAGGAUGUUGGUUUUUGGUAUGGGAAACAUCUGAUACAACUCUGCCACUCUGUUCAAGACAGCUUCAGCCUGAAAAAAAUGACUGGAUAUGCUGACUACUUGGCGCAAACCUCUGCGUCAUGUUAUCAGAGUCAGCCAAACAAAGAUGCGCUGUUAUAUGACGGCGAUACAAUCCUACCCUCUGGGAUUGAGUAUUAUUCCACAGAUGGUGACAACCUACCAUUCCCCCCGGAAAAAAGAAGAGAGUUUGACCAACAUUUUUACGGCCAGCUAUGGGAGCCAUCUGACGACCCGUGCCAAGGCUACACAAGAGACCCACUCCCCUCUCUGCCCAUGAAAACCCGAAUGAUGGCUCACAUCCACCGACACAGACGACUGGCUGGAAAUUUGGACUGGGACAUUGCAGCAGUUCUUUCGUUGAAAAGGGACAGUUUUGGUCCGAAUGGACCUUUGGAAGUCACUUCAGAGCUGUUGAUCCAGCAGGCUGCCAAAGGAGAACGGCAAUCUGUUUUAAAGCUUCUCCUGGAUGGCCUUGUUCACCCGGAUGUUGCAGAUUCUCAAGGACACACUGCAUUAAUUGGCGCCACAGUAAACUGCCACAAUGAGGUGAUUGACUUGUUGUUAGAUAUGGGUGCUGAUAUUGACAAGCUCAAUGACGAGGGCGUGUCAGCCUUGUCUGUGUGCCAUGUUCUUUACUAUCCCUUUGAGUCUUUACACACGUUUGCUGGACUUCCAGCCAAAGCACAAGGUUUGAUGCCAUUGUGCAAGAAGAAACCUCAGAUCGGCCCCCUGGACUUAAGUACUGACUCACCGGGCUCAAACAACAGACCUUGGACUUGUGACACAAUCCAGCUCAACCAGAAUCACCUCUCUGACCAGACAACAGAUGAUGUGUCAGGAGGCGUCCGGUUUCAUCCCAGCGGGUUCAGUGAGCUUUCCACGGACGGAGGAACUGGACAGGGGAGAAACCGCAAAGCUGUAUGUAACGUGGCAAAUUAUACAGAGCUUGAAGUAAAAACCAGAAGUGAAGAUGCCGAAUUGGGCGAAGGUGGAAAUAUGAUACUGACAAACUUGAAUGGGGCUGAGGAAUUGGAAGAAGACGAGGAGAACCAGGAGAAGAAGGCGCUACUUUCAAAGCGCUCUAUUCAAGUGUUGGAUGGCCACGUUUUACUGGGCAGUGUGGAGUGGCAAGAAUAUUUGUCAGUUAAGCAGAACACUGACAAAAACCUGACCGGACCACAAUCCUUUGCGUCUUCUUGCUCCAUGAACAGCUACAACAUAGAGGUCACAGAGGAAGUUCUACAGGGCGCAGCAGAAGCUUUGAGUCACACUGGAUGUUCUCAGCACUCCGAUACUCCGGAGACUGUUCGCAGAAUGGCUGCAAUGAAGUUUGAGCAUCGUGCACGUUUGAGCACACUGAAUCUGCUGCUGGACCGGGGAGCUGACCCCAACACUUCCAGCGUCCCCUUACCCGUCCUAUUUGUGGCCAUUAUGGCAGGAGAUACUCAGACUGUCAAGAAACUUCUACUGUGUACCGCUCGGACAGAUGUCUCUCUCCCACCUGAGAGGAAAGGACUUUACCCUCUGCAUGUGGCAGCAGCCCUGCCAGGCCCGGAGGGUCCCAAAAUCACAGAACUACUGCUGCAUGCUUUGUCUGACCCGGACGCACGGGCAGGUGACCAUGAUGAAAUGUAUCAACCAGAUAAGGUUUCCAGGAUGGCAAAAUUACCACUGAGGACCAGUGAGAAGCCACGUCUGUUAGAGGGAGGUCGGACAGCUCUGCACAUGGCCUGCCAGCGGGACACUGAUCACUGUAAUGCCAGCAAGGUGGUAUUCCUCUUAGUCUCCCACAGGGCCCGAACUGACCUCCUUUGGAGUGGACAUUCACCUCUUUCCUUAGCAAUAUCAAGUGGCAAUGACAUGGCAGUGGAGGAGCUCUUAAAGGGAGGUGCUGAUCCCAACCUUCCCUUGGGUUGUGGAGUGGGCAGUGCCCUUUGUGCCCUCAGUAACUUCAACUACUGUCUCGAUGGCAAAAGGGCAAAAUUGUUGGACAUGUUAGAAAAGGCUGGUGCUGACAUGCUGAUGCCAGUUCAGGUCGGCGAUACCAUUGGAAAUGUAGUCGACUACGCUCAUGACUCCUUCAGUCAGGACGUGCGUAUUGCCGACACACCCUUCCAUGCUCUCAACGUGGAGGAGAGAGAAACAUUCCAGGCACGUUGCAAACUUCUGAGCAGGAUGGGAGAUCUGCUGAGACAGGCUGCUGUACAGAAAGAGCGUGGCAUUUUUUCAAAUGAUGCCGAGUCAAACAAUCAAAGUCCACUUUCCACGGCAGUAAAUCAAAGGACCCCGUUAUUGAAGUUCUGCUACCACUGUGGUCGCUCUGUCGCUGUCAAACUAACUGCUUGCACUCGCUGCCACGAGGUUGUGUACUGCUCUACAACCUGUAAGGUCAAAGCGUGGGACAAGAGACACAAGGAGGAGUGUCUGCCGGAGUCAGGUGGGAAUCACGGCUCUUUUCCAAACUAACCGCAGGACUGAUAUUAAAUGGUAAAUGGGUUAUACUUGUAUAGCGCUUUUCUACCUUCAAGGUACUCAACGCGCUUUGGACACUAUUUCCACAUUCACCCAUUCACACACACAUUCACACACUGAUGGCGGGAGCUGCCAUGCAAGGCGCUAACCACCACCCAUCAGGAGCAAGGGUGAAGUGUCUUGCUCAAGGACACAACGGACGUGACUAGGUUAUAUGUGACAUGCUGCAAAUUUAGGCCGUCUAAUGUUAUUUUUACCUUAUUAAAUGUUCCAUAUAAGCUGUCAUAUAGUUUCCAACCUUUUUUCUUCGGAAAACUACUUUUGCAAAAUAA